AACCAGAUCUCCCAGCCGACACAUCCUGAGCUGCCUGCCGAUAGGCAGCCUCCAGCCAUCUUCCCUGAAUCUCUCAGACACCCACCCUCUGUGGGACCCUGAAAAGCAGGAGGAGGGGAGAAGCAAGCCCUGCCACCACCCCUGAGCUCCGCCACCCCCGUUUCACUGUGAAGGUUCGGCCGCUGGGCCAUUAGGUCACGGCCUCCAUGAGUCUGGGCACCAUGGAGGGGGAGGAUCUGGCCGAGUACUUCCGGUUGCAGUAUGGGCAAAGGCUGCUGCAGCUGCUGCAGAAGUUCCCCAGCACUGAGGACCACUCAGACUCCCCAUCCAUCCGGCUGCUGGAGAAGAAGAAAGAGGCCAAGCUCAUGCACCAUGCCAUGGAGCAGAAGAAGGAGAUAUUUCAGCGCAGAAUGGAAACCCUGAACCUGCGCUGGGAGGAGCUGGGAGUCAAGGAGGCCCAGCUGAAAGCCCACAUACAGAAGUUUGAGCAGUUCAUCCGGGAGAACGACCAGAAACGGAUCCGGGCCCUGAAGAAGGCCAACAAGGAGCGAGAACUCAAGAGGCAGUGCACGCAAGAGCUGACCAAGGCCAAGCAGGAGAUGGCGGCCCUGCGGCUGGAGCACCAGAGGCUGAGCGCCAAGCUGCAGGAAUACUCCAUCUUCAACAAGUACCUGGAGAAGGUGGUGGAGAACUCCGAGUUCGAAGAGAUCCACGAGGUGAUCGCGCGCUACAAGACGCUGGUGAGCAUGCACCAUGACCUCAUGCAGUCGGCGCAGGAGGGCCAGGAGAAGGUCGAGCACGCCAAGGCCCGGCUGGCGCGCUACAAGGAGGAGAAGGACGACGAGAUCCUGCAGCACAACAACGAGCUGGCGCGCCUGCAGAUGCGCUUCGACCGCGCCCGCAGCGACGUCAUCAUCUGGGAAUCUCGCUGGGCACACAUCCAGAACACCGCCGCCAAGAAGACCCUCUUGCUUGGCACCAUUAAGAUGGCAACGCUGAACCUCUUCCAGAUCGUGAGCAAGCAGCUGAAGGAGGCGAGCACCGUGUCCCUGGAGGACACGCACAAACAGCUGGACACGAUCCAGCAGUUUAUCCAGGACCUGUCAGACAUCUGGGCAGAGGUGAAGAAGAAGGAGCAACAGCAAGUCCGGGUUUAAGGAGCAGCCAUGGUUCCAGAAUGUUCUGAGACAGAGAAGGGAGAGAGAAAGUACCUGGUGACCUCGCCAUCCAGUCAGCCCAGUCCAGCCCUCUGGGACCGCUGUGCCUUUCGGAAAUCCCUGUUUAUCCCCCCAGGCCGCAGCCCGUCCCAUCCCUGAAAACAUUAAAUUCUAUUAGAAGUUUGUUCCUAA